UUAUCCCCAAAUUUUCCCCUUUCUGUGUAAUUUUCCCUCUGUGGCUGCUGUAUCUCCAAAUUUUCUUCACAAGUUCUUCAACCAUCUACAGCUCUCCAUAAUCAGAAACUCGAAUUUCGCUACUGUGUAAAGUUGCAGAGGGAAAGGGUAUUUAGAGCAUCUCCAACGGCGGACGUCGGACUUCCGCGACGGGCGACCGGGACGUCCGCCAUUGGAACACAUCGCCUCGGAUACGGACGUCCCGUGAGGACGUCAGACAUCCUCGGAUAUCCGCGCAACGGGCGGGCGGGCGGACGUCCGCCAUUGUGGCCUGGGUAUAUCUAGAAUGGCUAGUAGUCGUGCGGGUGGUAGUGGCGGAGGUGCUAGUGAUAGUGAUAGUGAUAGUGAGAAUGAAUUGGAUGUCGCUGUGGAAGAGGCGAUUGAUCGAUUGCUACGGCAGAGGAGGAGGAGGCGGCGGCAGGCGGCGGUACCUCGGCCGAUCCAUCGGCGGAUGGCGAGGGGAAGCGGCAGCCGCAGUGGGUCCUUCGAGGUCGAAUCGGAGGCCCCUGAAUCCCCAGAUGAUUACGGCCGUCUCGCCCGCGCGCAGCUAACGAAGACCCUGAGUCAGAGCAUGCAUGAGUGGUAUAGCACGCACGAUCCUGUGUACAAAAGGAUGUGCAAGGAUGUGAUCGAUGUAUGUCGGCGCGAAUUAGGAAUGCCACCCAUUGAUGAUUAUUGCGUCGAAAUUGGGGGCGGGGACGUCGGAGGCGGCAGCGGCACGGGCGACGGGGACGAGGACGAGGGGGAGUGAGAGCCGAGGUAAUUUUGGUGAACUGCCUAUUGGCUCUAUGUGUGUUACUGACGUGCAGCUUAAGGGCAGAGGCCGGUCGAAGAAUGUGUGGGAAUCACCAAAGGGAUGCCUUCUCUUUUCAUUCACAAUACAGAUGGAGGAUGGGAGAGUGGUACCACUUGUGCAGUAUGUGGUUUCUUUGGCUAUGACUGAAGCAGUUAAUGAUGUCUGUCGAAGAAAUAGGUUGGGAUAUGCUGCGAAUCAAUUACAACGUGAAGAUAUCAUAUCAGCUUUCUUUAAUAAAUUCGAGGUCUUUCAUGAUAUAUUCCUCAGCCAAGACUUUCAAGCACUGGAGAACCUCUACUACAAAACAUGGCUUCACAGGGGACAGCGAGUUGUUGUACAGGAAAAGAAUGAGAGCGAAGACCAAGUUUCUGAAAAUGUUGUCACAAUCCAGGGCUUGACACGUUCUGGAUAUUUAUUGGCUGCCACUGAUGAUGGUCAGAUAUGUGAGCUUCAUCCAGAUGGAAAUAGUUUCGAUUUCUUUCAAGGACUGGUCAGAAGGAAAUUGGGUUGAACAAGUUUCAUU